UUAUUGCGACUAUAUAUGCUUUAUAUAUUGCGCAGCAUAUUAGACAUCUGUAUUUUCAUUUCUUGACAUAUUGGUAUGUUCCACAGCAUACUUGUGUGUCUGUACUUUCACUUUUUGACAUAUUACAGAACACAAUGCAUAGUUUUGACCUUACUUGAAUUCUGGACAUGCCAAAAUUCGUCUAGUCUGCUGUAAUCUCAUACUUUGAUUUUUAUUUUUUAAACUUCUGCUAAGAGAUGUGAAAUCUCCCAGGCUUCGACAAGCCUUGUGAAAGUCUGAUAACAAUCUUGUUUAUUUUCGUCUGGUUAGAAUGAAAAACAAAGUGACUCCCUGUAGAGGAGGAAAGAUUUUAACACCUGAGUUGGUGUUAACAAGGUCAAAGCUCCUAAUAUUUUCCAGGUUAUUCACAUGAUUCUGGCUUUAUCCGUUAUUGGUCGUUGAUGUAGCGGUGGGAGAAGCUAUGGGUCGAGCUGGAUACUGGGAGCAGCAGCCAUAUCUACCUCAGUUGGCUUGCAAACUGGAAAUUUAUCGGCUUUGUGAUGCUUGGUUAUCUGUUUAGUUUGCUGCUUUGUUCCUAUCUGGAGCUGCUAAACUUUGUAACAUUACUUCUUCAACACUCCACAGAUGUGUGCAUCAACGGACGAAAGGUCGUGAGAAUGACAGGAGAGUUGCUCCUCCUUCACUAGGUUGCAGUCGCUUGCCGUGUGAUGAUUGGAGCUUAAGAUUCGUUGCCGCGUUUGGCAAGAUGGAUGAAGUCAACCCCAGCUUGCACACACAUAGUAGCUUAUGAAUCAUGCGAAGAUCCAGAUGGACAUGGAUUGAUGCUGCAACAUAAUGGAAGAAUAAAUCGAGCCAUCUGCAGCCUUAACUGGCUGGACAGUUUUAUCUAUAUCAGUUAUCGAAUAUAAAUCAUCUGUACUAAGAUAGGAUCAUAAGUAGCGAAUGACAGGUAGCCCUGCUGGUGUAGCUUAUUGAUGGUUGACAUGCCGGCUCACAAAAAUGCACCGGCGAGUUGCUCAUCCUCCUUCCUCGCAUUGUACAGUCGCGCGCUCGGUAAGCCUAGCGGGCAAACGUUCCCGUAUUGGCCUUUUUCAAUAUCUUUUUGAUGGCAUAUGCAUGCCAGGCAGAUUCAAAUGAGAAGGGUAAAUUUGAGGGCUCGGAAUGUAAAAUCGUUAUGUAACCAUAGAGAAACUCCACUUAUAUACAGUGAAAUGAAUGAUAAUGCAUUCAUGAUCAUUAAUUGUUCCUUUCAAACGUAACAUUACUCUAACCGAUCACUAUAUAUAUACUCCCUUUCAUUUUCUCUUUGCGCAAAACAUAUACUCCCCCUUUCAAUGAUCAUAGAAUUAGUCAAUUCCCUUUAGACAAAAUCAAACCAUUAGAAUGAUCAAUCAUGCAUCUAAACUGUAAGCAUCUUGCGUGUAUAUUGUAGCUAAGCUGCUAGUUUCUCCCGGUGCAGUGCCAUCCAGAGACCACUCUAUAUAAACCACACUCAUCACAAAAGGCAGUGCACACAAGCUAGCCACACACACACAAACAAACAUACACAUACAUAGACAUGGCUUCUCACACUUUGUCUUGGAUGAUUGUGGUGUGCCUGUUGGCUUUCCUCCUAGCUUCGUCGGGGCCUGUGCCGGCGAGGGCACAGACGGACGGGUUCUCGGAGGUGGGCCUGAACGCGGGGAACUUCAUGCUGUAGAAGCUGUGGAACCUGCCGGAGAGGGCCCGGUACAGGUUCGACGGCACGGUGCACCGGAUGUGGAUCUUUCCCUCUGACAAGCCCUACAACCAAGGAGGCAGCACCAAGCCCAGGACUGAGAUGCAGAUCACAGGACACGACUACAACUCAGGCGUGUGGCAGUUUGAGGGCUCGCUCUUCGUCCCCUUCGGCUCGUCAGGGAUGUCCGUCAUGCAGAUCUUUGGUGGCAACCCUACAGCAACGACGCUGAUGUUGCAUGCCUACGACGGCAAUUUGUGGUACUACAACCAGAAGUUCGUCGAGGCCAACAUUAGCAACCGUUGGAUCCGGGUGAAUGUGAUCCAUGACGUUGACACCUCGAAGCUCACCGUGUUCAUCAAUGGCCAGUUGAAGCUCACCGUCAACGGCAAGGGAGGCGACAAUCACUUCUUCAAGUUCGGCGUGUACGAACAGAGGAACCCCACGGCGCGCAUGGAGGCUCGCUGGAUGAAUGUCAGGAUCCUCAAGAAGAACUGAUAUGCUACACCGUGUGUGUUACGAAGAUGGUUUUACCCAAAGGCAUUACAUAAUUUUAUUUCCAUCCCCUUCGGUCGAGAAGCAAUUUUUUUACUUGUAAUAUUUGUAUCAUUUUAUUCCCCCAAGAGUUGUGCAGGUUUCUCCUAUAUAUGUAUUUGAACUUUGU